AUGAGUUUCUUCAAAAACAUCAAGGAGUUUAUCCACAACGUAACAACGUCAGACCACUAUGCACAGUACGACAGUGAAGACUCGACGGCCUCCCCCCGUCGUGGGAACACGCCCUUGAUUGGACGUAACAGCUCGCAGAUGUCCGCCAUCCCGUAUCGUCCGGGUAUGCGCUCGCAGCUUCACAACGACUCCCAGAUCGAGUUGAGAAACUACGAAAACGGACAGCCAAUACGAGACAUUCUGGAGAUCUGGAACAAGAUCGACGAGUGGUUGGAGAACGAGUUCCCAGAGUUGGAGGACGACAUGCAAGGUGGUGCUACCGCCAACGACUUGAACGCCUUCGAGGCUGACCUUGGUAUCAGUCUCCCUUCCUCCUUCAGAGACAGCUACCAACUCCACGACGGCCAGGUCAGCAUGGGGAAGACCCGUGGUUUAAUCUUCAGCUACUCGCUCAUGGACCUCGAGACUAUUGCUGCAGAGACCAACAUCUGGAGAAGAGUUUACGAGAGGUUGGAGAAAAGAGAGGCCGGCGCCUUGCCUUUUGGGGUCCAGAAGUCGUGUCCUCCGGGCUUUGUCAACGAGAUCUACUAUGACCCACUAUGGGUGCCCUUUGUCAAGGACAACGGCGGAAACAACAUUGCCCUUGACUUGAAUCCAAGCGGCAGCGGUAAGUGGGGUCAGAUCAUCCUCUUUGGUAGAGAUUACGAUACCAAGUUUGUUGUUGCAGACUCGUUUUCCGAGUUCUUGUCUAACUUGGCUGAUGACCUCGAUAACGGUAACUACGAGAUCGACGACGACGAGGACCUCAAUUAC